AAAAAAAAAAAAAAAGUCGCGGUUAUUCGCGAAAAAGUUGACGUAUAAAUGUAUAUCUGUUAAAUGAAUAGACAAACAAUAAACAAUUGUUUAUUAUUAAAUACAUAUAUAUAUUUAGAGGACCAUUAAAACAUCAACAAAGUUAUUGAUUCAUGGUCAGUGGUUGAUUUAUUAAAAUAAUAAUAAUAAUAUAGGUAUAAACAGUUGGAUAUAUGUACAUAAUCCACCUCACCUACUUCUUCUUCUUCUUGUUCUUCCAAUCAACCAGCCAAACAAGAUGGCCGUCCUCAUCUUUUCACAACUCUGUUUAUCAUUUUUGUUGUUUGUAUAAUUUAUAUUUUAUUAUUAUUAAUUAACUAAACAAAAUUUAAAAAAAAAACAAUAAUAAUUUUUUAUUGACUUGUGUUUAAAUAAAAUUUAAUAUUUUUUUAUAUUAUUGAAUAAAUUAUGAGAUUGAAUCACAAUGUCAAGUUCUUAUAUUGUUGAACCAGAAAAUAAUAUCAAUAAAAAAGAUGAUACAUUGAUUAUUGUGGUUGAUGAUGAUGGUACAAUAUCUGUUGAUCAAGAAACACUUAAAAAUUUAAUAAUGAGCAAAUCAAAUGCAAAUGUGAGCGUUGUCAGAGUUGGUCAAGCAAUUGGUGAUCAUGAAAAAAGUGAUUUAACAUUUACUGUUGAUCCUCCAAAUUUAACAACAACAACAACAAAAAUACCAACAACUACAUCAUCAAUAGCAACAUUAAAAACAACAACAACAACGUCGACGACGACAGUGACAACAACAACAACAACAACAACAACAAGUGAGAGUGGACUUGUUGAUCCUUUUAUGGAAAUGGAUCCUGAACAAUUAGAGAAACUUGAGACUGCAUUACAAAGUGAACAAGCUAAACAAAUACUUGGUGAAAAUGUUACUGCCAUGCUUGAUAUGCUUACUGUUGAGGAACAACAAAAUUCAAUUCGAUAUAGUAUUGAAUUGGAUCAUUGUUAUACAAGUAGAACAUCACCAUCAGAUCCAGCACCAGUAGAUCCAUUACCAGUUCCAAAUUCUCCAGAUAUUGAUAGAGUUAAUAUUCUCGAGUCAUCAAUACCACUACAAAUAAAACAACAAAAUCAACAACACCAACAACAAGUGUUUGUUCAACAACAUACACACUUAAAUCAAGAUCAAAAAAUUGUUCAAAAUGCAAAAUUAUUAGCUAAAAAAUCAGUUGGUCGUCCAAGAAAGGCUUCAAUUGUUCUUCCAUCAUCAAAUAUUAUUAAAACUUCACCAGGUAUUUCAUCUCGAUCAAAUACAACAAUUAAUCAUGAAUCAAAACAACAACAAUCAUCAUCCAAUUUACGAUUGUCUGUUGAUGAUAAUAUUGAUAAUGAUAAUGUGGAUGAUGAUGACAAUAAUGGUGAUCAUAUUAAUAAUAUUAAUGCUAUCAAUGAUGCCCAAUCAUCAAUAUCAGAAUCAAGUGAAUCUGGUCCAUCUGAUGAUGAUGUAGAUUUUGGUCCACCACGUGGUUUACGUGGUCAACGACGUGUUCGUGCUAGAGGUGGUAGAAAAGGGCUUACAACACGUGGUGGUACAAUGGCUGGACGUAGAGGAAGACCAAAUAAACAUCAUAUGGAUAAUGAUCAAGUUAAAAGACUCAAUAAUGAAAUGGCUGCAGCUGUUGAUGCUAUGAAAACACCUGGACGCAUUGAUAAUAAUAAUUCUUCAACUGAUUUUUCAAUAAAAACAAAUAGAAAAGUUAGUGGUAUUAAAACAAUGGGUGGUAGUAGUGGUAAUAAAAGAAAAGAUGAUGAAGAUGAUGAUAAUAAUAAAUCAGUUAAUUCUUCUUCUCCUUCUUCUUCUUCUUCUUCUUCAUUAACAAUGUUGAAUGAAAAAACACAUUUUCAAACAACUAAUCAAGUUAAAGCAAAUUUAAUUAAUGCAAAUAUGUUAAAAGGUGAUAUGAUAUUAACAAAACCUGGUCAAUCAAGAAAUAAUAAUCAAAAACUUGUAUUUUUACAAAAAAAAUCAAUUGCUAAACCAAGUGAACUUAAAACAAUUAGUAGUAUUAGUAGUGGGCCUAGUAAAAAACAAACUUUACCAAUUACUGUUGCAAAAACAAAUGUUAUUAAUAACAAAACAAUUGAAGAUCCUAAUAAUUUAUUAAUAAAAAAUUCUGAUGAAUUUAUAAAUACUAAAUUAAUUGAUAAUACAGAUAAAACAGAAAUUUCAAAAAUUUCAAAAACUACUAUUUCAAAUUCAUCACCAUCAUCAUCAUCAUCAUCACCAACAAUUAAUAAAAUAAAUAAAUCUCCAAAUGCUGUUAAUAAAAAAGAUAGAAAAAAAUCUGAAAAUGAAUUAUUGUCAAUAAAAAUUGAUGAACAAAAAGAAAAAGAAAAAGGACGUAUUAUUGAUAAUAAUAAAUUAUUAGAUAAUAAAAAACAUUCUGUUAAAAAAGAACAACGUAAAGUGCCAGUAGUAUCAGCUGUUGUAUUGGGUCCAGCAUUAUUUUCAACACCAGAUAUUAUUCGUCGUGUUGGUUCAAUUGGUGAAGGUAAAUCAUCAUGUGAUUUAUCAGAUAGUCAUGGAACAAGCAGCAGCAACAACACAUCAAUAACUGAUGAUCAAUUAAAUAAUUCUACAACACCAAUGGAUCUUGAUGAAACAAUGAAAAUCAUCACAUCAAUUAAGACUGAUUUACAAAAUAUUAAUAAUACUAAUGCUAGCACUAAUACCAAUGAUAAUAAUAUGUCAUCAUCAUCAUCUUAUGUUUCAACAACAAAUAUUAUUAAUAAUGAUCAUCAUCAUCAUCAAAAUAAAAUGCAACUUAUGGACAUUGAUGAUGAUGAAUUACCAAAAAAUAAUACCAAUGAUGACGAUGAUUUACAAUCAGCUCUUGACCCUGCAUCAAAUACUCGUACACUUGAGGAAGUUCAAAAUACAAUCAAGGAUCUUUCUGUUGAUGAAAAUAUUGUUUCUAAACAGAGUGGAAUUGAAGGUGAAGAAAAUUUAUUUGCAACACUUAUGGAUGCAUCUAAACACGAGGAUGAAUUACUUGCAGAGGCUUUACUUCUUCAGGAACAACUUGACGUUGAUUUGGGUGAUCCAUCGGCCAAUCCACUAUUAUCACCAUCUGUCUUUGAUAGUGAAUUAUUGAAUCCAUCUUUAGCAACAACUCUACAACAAUCACAAUCAUCAUCAACAACAAUAGAUUCUACAAUAAAAAGUCCAGAAAUUUUAAAACAACAGCAACAAUAUUUAUUAUCAGCUACACCACCAACAACACCAACGCCAUCAACAAUAACAACACCAUCAACAACAACAACAACAUCAUCAUCAUCAUCAACAAGUAGAAGAAAAGAACAAAAAGAACCAAUUCAAAUUGUUCGAGGUGGACGUGUUAUAACAUUACCACCAAUUGAAGCACCAGCAACUCGUAGUAAACGUAGUCUUCAAAUGAAACCUGAAUCUCCAAAACCAAUAAAUAAUAAAUUAAAUGAAACAAAUCGUAUUAAAGAAGAUGUUACAAUAAAUAAGCUAACAAAACAACCGACAUCAUCAUCGUCAUUAACACAAUUAACAGUUCAGACACAAAAAGAACCAGUAUCAGAAAUGGAAUCUGAAAUGGAAGAUGAUGAUGAUGGAAGUCAAAAUUCUGAUUCAGAAGAUGAUCCAAAUAGAUUAUGGUGUAUUUGUAAACGACCACAUAAUAAUCGUUUUAUGAUAUGUUGUGAUAUAUGUGAAGAUUGGUUUCAUGGUAAAUGUGUUAAUAUUACAAAAGCAAUGGGUAAACAAAUGGAAGAUCAAGGUAUUGAAUGGGUUUGUCCAAAUUGUAAAAAUAAAAAAAAGUCUGAUAGACCAGUUUUUAAUUCAGGAGCGCCAUCACCAUCGCCAUCACCAUCAUCAUCUACAAAAACAACAAAAUCAGCAUUGUCAUCUAAUAAUAAUAAACAACAAAAAAAUAAUAACAAUAAUGAUUCAUCAACACCAAAAAAACAAAUGAUGAAUAAAAAAUUAAAUGACAGUAAUAUACAAUCAAAUCAGCUAACACCAACAUCAUCAACGUCAACGACAUCAACAAAACCAGCUGUUGUUGUACAUACACAAUGUGUUGUAUGUAAAAAAGAAGCAAGAAAUUCAAGUAUUUAUUGUUCAGAUAAUUGUAUUCUUACAUUUGCCCAUAAAACAUCGGGAAAAGAUAAUAAAAGUGGUACAAAAUCAACAAAUGAUGAAAUAAAUAGUGUUAUUGUACUUGAACGUAAAACUGGUAAAGUACUUAGUGGUGAAAAUGCACCAACAUUAGCAAAUUUAGAUAAUUGGCUAAAAGAAAAUCCAACAUUUGAACAAGUUUUACUUAAAAAUAUUAAUAAUGUUCAAGUUGGUAAUAAAACAUUUCCAACAAUACAAGUACAAUCUGGCAAUAAUAAUAGUAGUAGUAAUAGUAAUAGUAGUGGUAGUAGUACUAAUAAUAAUAAUAAUAAUAAUAAUAAUAAUAAUAAAACAAUUAGUAAUAAAACAACUCCUAAAAAUCAACAAGUACAAUCACCAAAAAUGAUUUAUACAAAAAUUGCUGGAUCAAAACAAACUGUUUUAACAUCAUCAAAUCUUAAUAGUAAUAAAUCGAUAAGUAUAACAACACCAUCAGCAACAACAACACCACCACCAGUUAAAAAUUUAAAACAAACAACAAUUAAAACAAUACCAAUACAGCCAGCUGUAGCAUCAUCAACGCCAAUUAAAAAAAUUGAACAAAAAGCAUCUUCAUCAGCAUCACCAUCAUCAUCAACACCAUCAUCAUCAUCAGUUGGUGGUGGUAGUAGUAGUAGUAAUAAUAAUAAUAAUACAAAAUCAAAAACAAUAUUUAGUAGUGGUAGCAAAAGAGGUAAUGGAAUUGAUCAAAAUCGUUUAAAUGUACGUAAAACACUUUCUGAAUUAUUAACAACAAGAAUGAAAGAAACAGAUGAUCUUAAAUUAAGUGAAGAUGAAAUAUCAGAUAUUGCUAUUAAAAUUGAACUUGAAAUGUUUAAAUUCUUUCGUGAUACUGGUACAAAAUAUAAAGCAAAAUAUCGUAGUUUAAUAUUUAAUAUAAAAGAUGUUAAAAAUUUAACAUUAUUUCGUAAAAUACUUGAUAAAUCAUUAAAACCAGAUGAAAUAAUUAAAUUAAGUCCAGAUGAAAUGGCAUCACAAGAAUUAGCUGAAUGGCGAUCAAAAGAAACACAACAUCAAUUAGAAAUGAUUAAAAAAAAUGAAUUAGAUUUAAUGGCACAAGCUAAAUCAAUUGUCGUUAAAACUCAUAAAGGUGAACAAAUUAUUGAAAAUGAUGGUGGUAAUAAUGAUUCAACUGUUGAUCCAUCAACAUCUGUACAAGAUAUUGUUAGUGUUCUUAAUAAUACUGAUAAUAGUAAUUUUAAUGAUUCAUCAAUAAAUGAAGAAACAACAACAACAACAUCACUUGAUGAUUCUAAAAAAUCUACAACAAAAAUUGAUGAUACAGAUGAUAAAAAAAAGAAAAAAAAACAAAAAGAAUAUAAAGAUUCUAAAAAAAAUAAAAAUACAAAACAUCGUAGUCGUGAUCGUAGUCGUGAUCGUCGACAUCAUCAUCAUCGUCAUAGUUCUCAUAGUUCUCAUAAUCAUCAUUCAAAUAAUAAAAAUAAAAAUGAUAAACGUGAUAAAAAUAAAGACAAAGAUAAAUCAUCAUCAUCAACAACAACAACAACAACAUCAUCAUCAGCAAUACAAAAAAAUAACAAAAAAGAAACUGGUAAUAAUAAUAAUAAUAGUAAUAAAAGUAGUAAUAGUAGUAGUAGUACUAGAAAAAGAAGUAGAAGUAGUAGUAGUAGUACUAGAAAAGAUAAUAAUAGUAAAAAAAUUAAAUCAGAUAAUGAAGAAAUAAUUGAUAUUAUUAAUAAAAGAGAAACAACACCAUUAAUUAUUUCAACAGAUAAUAAAAUUCAAGAAUUACAAGAUGUUGAUAAUAAUUGGAAACAUAUUGAUGAAGAUACAACAACAAAUACCAUUGAUGAUACUGGUAAUUUAUCGGAUUUAUCAGAUAGAGAACCAACUUCAACAGUUAAUAUUAAAACACCAGAUAUUAACAUAAAUGAUGAACAAGAUAAUAAAGAUAAUAAAAAUAUUAAUGAGACAAUGAUGAUGACUGUUGUUGAUGAUGAAAAAAUAUCAACAACAAUUGAUAAAUUAACAACGUCAAUUCCAAUGGAUAUUAAUCAACAAAAUUAUGAUAAUAUUGAUGCUAAUGCUAAUGCUAAUGAUGAUGAUGUUAAUAAUAAAUCAACUAUUUGGCAGGGUGUUAUUAACAUGAGUGAAGUUGCAAAAUUUUAUACAACAGCACAAGAAUUAAAUAGCCAUACAAUUGGUCUUACAAAUGAUUUACCAAAUACAUUUGAUAUUGUUGGUAGAAUAGUUCCCGAGAUUGUUUGGGAUUAUAUUGCUAAAACAAAAAAAAAUGGAUCAAAAGAAAUUGUUAUAUUACGAUUAUUGCCACUUAAUGAUGAGGAAAAAUUAUCUUAUAUUACAUUAUAUAGUUAUUUAAAUAAACGUGAUAGAUUUGGAGUUGUUGGUAAACCUGGUAAAAAUAUUAAAGAUUUUUAUAUAAUGCCAUAUUCAAUUGACACUAAAAUACCACCAAUUUUAAUGCCAUUUAUUGGUGAUGCAUUAAAAAAUGAUAGACAACAUUUACUUCUUGGUAUUAUUGUUAAAAAAAAAUUAAAUAUAACAAAUUUAACAACAAUUAAUAAUAAAAUGCUUGUAAAUAAAAAAGAUGCUAGUGAUAAAACAACAGUUACACAAUCAACAUUAACAACAUUGAAUAAAGCACAAAUUGGAAUGUCAAGAAAUAAUAUUCAUAUUGAUAAUACUAAAGUAUCAACAACAACAUCAACAAUACCAUCUUCAGUUUCAUCAUCAUCGUCUUCACCAUUACCACCAUUACCACCAUCACCAACACAAAUAUUACCACCACUACCACCUACACCUUUAUCGUCAUUAUCAACGAUAACAACACAACCACUACCACCACUACCACCACUUCCACCAACAACAACGUCAUUAGAUAAAUCAAUAAUUAAUGAUGAUGACGAGCCAUAUAGUCCUGGUGGAAUUGAUCAUGAUAAUGAUAAUGAUAGUGGUAGUGGUACUGAUUUAUUAUUAAAUAAAACUAAAAGUUAUACUGCAACUGUUAAAAAUUCAACUGAAUUACAAAGAAAAAUGGAUGAAUUAAAUCGUCAAAUUGAAGCUGAAAAAAAACAAAUACAAAAUAUUAGUUCAUCAAUUUUAACUGAUGUUGGACCAACUUUGCCAGGUCUAGGUCUUGAUCCACCUGGUUUAAAUGAUUAUGAAGAAGCAUAUAGUCCAAGUGAUAAUUCAAGAUCAUUUACACCACCACCACCAUCAUCAUCAUCAGCUAUACCAUCAAUAACAACAACUGAAAAUAUAACAAAAUUAACACAGCCAAUUUUAGAUAAAGUUUCUGAUAUAACAAUACCUGCAAAUCUUCAAGAAAUAUUGGCAAAUGUUAAAAGACAAGAAACAACUAAAAUUGAUACAUAUUUACCAUCAAAACCUGGUGCAUCAUUUUUAACAUCAUCAUUUGAUACAUCAAUGCUUAAUAAAAAAAUAAUUGAUAAAAAAAUAUAUACACCAACAAGCAGCAACAAAGAUAAUACAAGUACAUUGAGAUCAUUAAGUGAUAUGGAUUUAAUUAAAAAAGCUGAAGAAGAACUUGCUGCUGUUGCUAUUGCUGAAGCUGCUGCAACAGUAUCAACAGUAUCAUCAAUUUCAAAUAAUUUUACUACACCACCACCACCAUUACCAAUGACAUUACCACAAUUAUCAACAGCAUUAUUAAUGUCAUCACCACCACCACCAUUACCACCACUAUUAUUACCACCACCAUCAUUAUCAUUAGUACAAAAUGAUAUGCAAAUUAUGACAAUGCCUGCUGAUAUUUUACAUCAAAGCACAACAACAACAACAACAACAACAACAAAAAUAUUUGAGUCUGAAGAAAAUAUGAGUUAUCAUGAAAGUGAUUCAAUGGAUGAUACAGUACAUGAACAACCAAGACCACCAGGUGUUGAGGAUGAUGAGUUUGAUACAUUUUCAUCAUCAACUCCUUCAAAUAUAUUAAUUAAUAAUACAUUAACAAGUGAAGGACCUCCUCUUCCUCCUGCUGUAUUAACAGGUGUCAAGAGAAAAAUAAAUGACGACGAGGCAAGUCCAGCAACAACAGCAACUCCACCAAAAGCACCAAGGACAAAGUCUAGAUGGGGUCAAGGACCCACUGACUGAAACAUCAUGUAAAAUUUAUACAUAUUAUUAUUUUUAUUUUCUUCCUUAUUUUUUUUUUUUUAAAUAUCUUUUUUGUUUAUAUAUCAAUAAUAAUAAUAAUUAUUCAAUUUUUAUUUUAAUAUUUGUUUAAACGCAAAGACAUUUCUAAUCGAUAGAAAAUUUUGAUAUUGAAAAAAAAAUUAAUAAAAUAUUUUCAAUUAUUAAUUAAAAAAUUGUACAUUCAAUUAUUACUUUUCUUUUUUUUUUUUUUUUUUUCGAUGCAUUUAAUUAAUAGUCAUGCGUUUUUUUAUUUUUCUUAUUAUUAUUAUUAUUUUUAUGUAAAUAUAGUUGCGUUAUUGGAGUGACGGCAGGCAACAUGAUGAAUUUUUUUUUUUUUAGUUAUUAUUACAAUAUGUAUAUUUUUUUUAAAUCUCAAUCGAG